AUGGUUGAAUUAUGGCACACAAGGAAUGAGAAGAUAUAUGAGAAUGCAGAACUUAACUUUGAGAAGUUUAAACAGACAAUAUUGUCUUACACAAAGGCAUGUGGUAUAAGAAUGAAAGGUCCCAAGUUGCCUAGGAAUGGACAGGUGCUCAUAUGCUGUGAUGGAGCUUCAAAGGGUAAUCUUGGAAAUGCAGGAUUGGAUUUUGUAGCAAGGAAUGAAAAUGGUGAUUGCUUGGGAGAAUCUACUGGAGGUCUGGGGGUAGCAACAAAUUUUCUAGCUGAAGUGAUGGCAUUGGUGGUAGCUGGUGAAUGGGAAGUCAAGAAAAAGUAUGUGAAUGUUGUUUUUAGCCUUGAUUCAAAAGUUGUACUGCUAGCUUUCAGUAACGGUAAGAUUCCUUGGGUUGUGAUGAAUAGAUGGAACAAUAUCAGAAGACAUAUUCCAAGAAUCUCAUUCACACAUUCAUAUAGGGAGAUUAACUUUUCUGCUGACAAUAUGGCUAAGAAAGGGGUGUUGCUAGCAAGAGGAAUAGUUGUUUAUUAUGAUGAUAAGCCAUAUUUCUUGAAUAAGCUGGAAUGUGAAGAUGGGAUCUACUUUAGAUUCUGCUCAUGA